AUGAAGUCUUUUAUUUUCAUCGCCACUGUCCUGAACGCAGCGGAGGUUGUGUCCGCCAAUGCCUUCGCCGCGAUGGAGGCACCGGCAGAUACAUGGUGCAUCACAUACCUGUCUACCUACCUUGCUGCAGUCACCAACCAAGGUAACCUCUCGCCAACUGAUAGACCGGGCAUUGAGCUACCAUCUGCACAAAAUUCUGGUCGACUCCCCUUUGCACCAUCUCUUCGUCCUACCUUUGCACGAAACACUUCGGUAUCCAUAACAAGAUCCGCUCUGAGUACGGACAUUGGUCCAGAUAGCGCGCUCUUUACAUCGGACGUGAUUAGUACCACUGAUACGCCUCCCGUUGAGUCCGAAUCCUCCGACUUGGACGCCGACCCAACCGCCGUACAGGAGAGUUCUGCAAUUUUUACAAUUACCGAUGGUCUCUCUACGGCGGUCACCCUCACGACUGAUGCGGAGCCCACUUCAACCUCCACUGAUAUCAUCGAACCUGCGGGACGGAACGUCAUCUUCCUUGUUCAGACCGGCGUCAAUGAGAAACGAUCCUUCUAUAAACGUGCAAACAACGAGUUUGUUGGAGACAACAAUCCUGACGUGUGCACAUUCGCAGCUACUUUCAAUCUCGCUGAAGAGGAAGGUCAGCUCUUUGCUGGAGGCCUACCUAUCCAUUACGCUGGUGAGGACUUCAAAGAGCUAUCUCCGCAAGGACGUCCUCCGAGUGGUAGUGUCACAUCGGGAUUUACCGACUCUGGUGGUAGACUUGCAUUCAGGAACUCGGAGCUGCCAAACGGUGAAGCAGGUUUCUGUCAAGAUGCGGAUGGUCAGGUUUAUAUCACCUUUAGCACUGGACCAUCGGGGUGCACGCCUGUCAGUCUAGGAAUCUACAACGUUGAGCAAUGUCAGGACGGCAGACUGGUCGGUCUUGAUGAGUUGACGUCAAGUGUACCUGGGACUGUCACUGCGACGGCAGAGGAGACCCUCUUCACUCAAUCAGAGUCUGGAGAGCUCCCGGAGUCUACUGGUCUCGUUUCAUCUGAGUCGGUUAUCUCAGAGUCUGAGACAUCUGUAUUUGAGGCAUCUACCGCGCCUUCGUUGGAUGUCACAGAGUCAUCCACUCAGGCGUCAGACGAUCCAGCCUCUGUGCCCCCGGCCGCUUCGACUUCAGAACCUGCAACAGAGACAUCUGACCUAUUGGAAUCCACCGCGACCUCCAACGAUGGGUCAGAACCCUCCACAACCUCCGGCGUGGAAUCUCAAGCUACGAAAGAGAUCGAGAUGUCUGACACAGAAACUACCAUGAUGACUUCGCUUGCAGAAACAACUGUCAUUUCUGAAACAGCAGAAACUACUGGAGUUGAUACAUCCAGCACAAAAGUCGACAGUGACGUUGAUACCACAAUUGCAGAUACUAUGGACACUACCACAACCAAUGGCGACACAGCGACCACAGAUACUACUACCGCCACUGAAGGUGACGCAUCCAGUACAGAAGUCACCAGCGACAUCGAUACCACCACUGCAGAUACUAUGGAAGCUACCACAACCAAUGCUGACACAACCACUCUGACUGAGAACCCGACCAUCACCGAGGCUGACACAACAACAGCAGAGAUCACUACUACAGCUGAACCAACGACAACCACAGCGGCUGCAUCUGAACCAGAACCUGGCUGCGGCGAUCCUGGACUUACCGGGACGUACACUUACAGCGGUGUCACAUUUGACUUGCUGUGCGAUCGAUCCUUCGGCUACUAUUACCUGGAUGAGUUCCCGACUGCAAGUUUUGGCGAGUGCCUAAGGCGUUGCGCACUGAACGAUGCUUGCCAGGGCGUUGGUUGGAGGUCUGAAUUCUGUACGUUGACCUCAGGACUGUUUGUCUUCGGGACAUCUCCCGGUAAUGAUGUUGGCCAAGUAAUCGCGCGAUCUGUAUAG